GGCGGCCUAAGCACCGGGAUGGGGUGCGGGUUCUUUCAAAAUGGAGCCCCCUUGGGGCCCUACACGGGCCGGGAACCGCACUGGGAUGGAAGCUGAGAGGAUAGCCUACGCCCCGGGGGAAUUAAGGAGCCCUUGGCCCAGCCCACGCUGUGCCCCGCCCCUUUCCCUUUCCUGUGUCUGGAGCGAGUCGCUUAAGAAGGUCCCAAGGACCGCCUCCUAGGACCCCAACCGAGGGCCCUGCUAGUUGGUCUGGACUCUGGAUUCUGGGAUCUUGUAGAAAGUACCAGAGUUGGGGCCCUGAGCAGAAGAGCCGUGGGAGCCAGCCUAAGACAAGGCCUUCAAUGCCAGCCGAAUCACUGAGUGCUAGAUUACUCUUUUGAUGGGGUUUCACUCAAUUCAGUUAAGCGCUGCAGCACCUUUUAGACUCGCGCUGACGUUAUGGUCUGCCAAAAUGUCUGAAAGAUCAGAUCUCCUUCACUUCAAGUUUGAAAAUUAUGGAGAUUCAAUGUUACAAAAAAUGAACAAAUUAAGAGAAGAGAAUAAAUUUUGUGAUGUUACAGUUCUCAUAGAUGAUAUUGAGGUACAGGGGCAUAAAAUUGUGUUUGCUGCAGGUUCCCCCUUCUUAAGAGACCAGUUUUUACUGAAUGAUUCCAGAGAGGUGAAAAUCUCCAUACUCCAGAGUUCUGAAGUCGGGAAACAAUUGCUCUUAUCCUGUUAUAGUGGUGUUCUGGAAUUCCCUGAGAUGGAACUGGUAAACUACUUGACUGCUGCAAGUUUUCUUCAGAUGAGCCACAUUGUAGAACGGUGCACGCAGGCCCUGUGGAAGUUUAUAAAGCCAAAACAGCCAAUGGAUAGUAAAGAGGGAUGUGAACCGCAGAGUGCUUCUCCCCAGUCAAAAGAGCACCAGGGAGAUGCCAGAGGCUCCCCAAAGCAGGACUCACCUUGUAUUCAUCCAUCUGAAGACAGCAUGGAUAUGGAGGACAGUGAUAUUCAGAUCGUCAAGGUAGAAUCUAUAGGGGAUGUAUCAGAGGUUAGAAGUAAAAAAGAUCAGAACCAGUUUAUUUCUUCUGAACCCACUGCCUUACAUUCAUCAGAGCCACAGCACUCCCUGAUAAAUUCAACUGUGGAAAACAGAGUAAGCGAAAUAGAGCAAACCCACCUCCACAAUUACGCUCUCUCUUAUACAGGCAAUGAUAACAUCAUCAUGACCUCAAAAGAUGUCUUUGGCCCUAAUAUUCGAGGUGUAGACAAAGGCCUUCAGUGGCAUCACCAAUGCCCAAAGUGUACCAGGGUGUUCCGUCACCUGGAGAACUAUGCCAACCAUUUAAAAAUGCACAAACUCUUUAUGUGUCUACUCUGCGGCAAGACUUUUACUCAGAAAGGCAACCUUCAUCGACACAUGCGUGUGCAUGCCGGAAUUAAACCUUUCCAGUGUAAAAUCUGUGGGAAAACCUUUUCUCAGAAGUGUUCCUUACAGGAUCAUCUUAACCUUCACAGUGGAGAUAAGCCCCAUAAAUGUAACUAUUGUGACAUGGUGUUUGCACAUAAGCCAGUUUUGAGGAAACACCUUAAACAGCUGCAUGGCAAAAACAGCUUUGAUAAUGCCAAUGAGAGAAAUGUGCAAGAUCUCACAGUGGAUUAUGAUUCUUUUGCAUGUACAACAGUCACAGACUCUAAAGGGUGUCAACCACAGCCUGAUGGAACACAGGUCCUGGAUGCAGGUAAACUGGCCCAAGCUGUCCUCAAUUUAAGGAGUGAUAGUACUUGUGUGAAUUGAGUAGAGGCUUGAUCACAACUAGAAGUGACUGACAAUGUGGCAAUAGUCUGAGUCUUUUUAGGAGUGAUUUUACUAGUUUUAUUUCUCCAAAACCUCCAUGUAGGUGGUAAGGGGUAAGUUAAAGCACUAACAGACCAGGCACCUUCCCACUUGGAGUGGUUUUGCCUUUUGCCCUCUCCCACAAAUAACUCUGUUUUGAGUUAUUUAUCCUGUGAUAUCUGUUUCCUUCCCCAAGGAAUAAUUCCAUUUGUCUACCUAAUGUUGACUUAUGUCUUAGACUGACACUAGUUUAGGCUUUUACCAGGCACAUUCUAAAGGUACCAAAAAAUUAAUAACAUUACCUACUCUCUACUAAUAGAUGCUAUGCUAAGAGAAGUGAAUAAUAAUUUUCUUUGGCAAAAAAAAAAAAAAAGGCUAGGAUAUAAGGUGAUACUGCUGUUGACCUAAAUAUGUGAUAAAACCCUCUGGUUGCCUAUUGAUGAUUCAUCCAUGUCUGAUAAAUGAAUGAAUCUGCUUCUUACCAUUUGUACUUGUCUUGGAGCUGGCUCUAAAGAAGUAUGUUGGUUUAUUCUGUAUCCUUUUCAACACUAUCAUAGCUCAACUUCAUCUCACUGAAUUGUUCAUAUAGAACAGAGUACAGUCUUCAGAAAUACUUGCAGACAAAUAGAGAUCACCAAGAGAAGCAUAACUAACAAAGGACAGAAGUUCAAUUAUAAAACAGCACUUAAGUGAGAAGUUUUCCAGGUAGCACAUCCCAGUAGGAGACCAGAUGCUUAAUGUAUAACAUACUUACUGAUGCUUUUGAAAUCAGGAUUGCUUCCAGCAUACUUUUUCCCCCCUGCAUACUUUUUAGUGCUAAAGAAUAAUGAUCUCUCUAAAAAAGAGCUAUUUGAGAAUUUCUGAACUUUGUAUCAGAGUUUAAUCAUGAGAAAGGUGAGUUUAGCCAUCAAAUUUUGUCCAGUGUAAGUGUCUAUGGCUUUGUCUUUCCUUGUGAACCUUAAUUUCUAAAAUAGAUGAAAAAAGUGAAAUGGGACACACAAGAGCAACCAGAUUUUUUUUUUCUGCAUUCAGAUGUUUCCCUUAAAAGUACACUGCCCCACUUUGCCACCUUAGACACUGAUGAUAAUAAUACAAAAUUGGCCUUUCAGUAUUGAAGAACAAAACAAUUAUUUUUCCUUAAGCACAUUUCAGAGAUAAAUUUUUGAGUGUUAUUUGGUUCUAACCCCUGAGUUAGACUUAGGCAAUAGGAAUGUUAAGAGUACAGUACUGAGAGUAUCUUAAGAGACUAUUUACUCCUUCAUUUAGGUUGGAACAUCCAAAGCCCAAAGAAGUGGCCUGGCCACGGUUGGCUAAAGUAAAUAAGUGACUAUGAACUAAUGUCUCUUUAUUUCUUCCCACUGUACUUUGGCUUAAAAAUUUACAUGAUGAACAACAGUGCAUUAGGAAAACAUCACCAGUUGUGUGUUUCAUUUUUGUGUUUCCCUUUUGACUUUCUGAGACAACCUGGAUUUUGUCAGCAAAAUAUCACAAAAGGACUUACUUAUAUUAAUUAUUAUUUUUAAAAUUUUGUUUUAUUUUUACUGAACCCAGGGCCUCAUGUUUGCUAGGCAUAUACUCUUCCACUGCCUGGUAUCCCCAGUCCCUGUCAGUUAUUUUUUAGAUAAAUAUUACAUUCUUCUCAAACAAGUACUUCAUUUUUUGACUGUUAGGGAAGGAAAGGGCAAGUAAUAAUGUGAAAAGGUUCCAAAUGUGAAACUUAUUUUGUCUGGAAAAGUGUUUCAUUUCCAUCCAGGUUUUUGCUUUUAUUUUUGACCUAGGAGAGUACAUGCACAAAUAAUGCAGAAGUUAGGCUUUAUUUAUAUAGUCAGAGUUAACUAUAAUUUGAUAUAUUUCCAAAUGAGUGUGAUUUGAGGUAUAAUUUAUCUUCUGUUCAAAUAUUUAAUAUGAGAACAGAGUAGUGAUAAGACCUAUAGGUACCUUAUGCCAACAUCAAUCAUUAUAUUGUCAAAUGAUGCUUCCUAGCAUUGUAAUUUUUAUAUGAUCCAGCCAAAGAGUACCGAUUCUAUGCAACAGUGAGGCUACUGUGCCAACCAGUAUUUUUUGUAUUUUCUCUGAACAUCAUUUCUUGGCAGAAAAAUUUCAGAUUUGGGUACUUUGCUCACAUUCAUGUUUUGUUUUUGUUACUGAUUUAAAGACUGAAGCACAUGGUCUCUUUGGUUGGAAACUAUUUCUAGGUUUAUUUCAGUCAUUCAAGAAACUUUUUUCUUUUUAAUGCUGUGAAUUGAACCUAGGGCCUGUGCAUGCCAAGCAUGUACUCUGCCACUGAACUCAAAAAACAUUUACUAAGCACCUCUUUUGUCAGGCACUAUGCUAAAUACUGAGGAUAUGAAGGUAAGAUUGAUAUAGUCCCUUCAGAGCUUAAGGUCUCAAUUUGAUUUUAUACUAGGAGUAAUAAAACUGCCUUUUUUUCUUUGAUCACUUUCAGUCAGCAUUUUUAUGAUUCUUUAUUAGUAAACUUUUAGUUCUUACUUUCUGCAAAUACAAAACACCAAAGUAAACUGCGGGCUCCUCCAUUUCUUGGUUGGACAGGUGUUUUGUUUCUGUGAGAUAUUUUCUAAUUUCGGUGGGACUUGUCUUUUUUCUUUCAUUUAUACAUGUUUCUUAGAUUAUAUUGCAAAGAGGUCAAACUUGAUAUCAAGUACAUUUUAUAGAAGAACAUGAUUUUCAAAGCUAGGAGGAAGAGUAUUAAAACUUUAGUCAUUCAUCAUUUGUAUUUUAUGGAUCCCAGAUAAUUGAAAAGAGGACUCUCUUUAUAAUAGUUUGCUUUUUAAAAACUUACUUUGUCACAGUUAUUUAUUAUUUAAUUUAUAGAAAAACUCCAAACUGAAGUGGCUCUGAUGUAAAUCGGAUGUGGUUUUGUUUUAGAUUCUUUACUGGAAGAUCUAUAAAUGGACACUGGUCACUGCUUCUAAAAUAGUAAACAACUCAGAACAUUUGAUUUCAGCUCCUGAAUAGCUGUUCUAAACCUGUUGUAUGUUAGACAUACUGUGAACUACCUCUUCACUUACUAUGGGGAAGUUUCCUUAAUAAAAGUGUGACAAUUAAAA